UCGAAAAUGGAAAAUUCGGAAGCCUCGCAAGCUUGUAACACGGAGAACAGUCCCGAAGCAGAAAUUUUGUCCAGCGGCGAUGAUUCCACGACAGUUAAAAGGCGCAAGAUAGGCGGCUCCGAAGUAUGGAAAUAUUUUACGCAUUCGAAUGGGAAAAAAAUUGCAAAAUGUCGGUCAUGUGGCAAAGAAUAUAGGACAAGUGGAAACACGUCGAAUAUGUUUGACCACUUAAAGCGUGCCCAUCCCAACCUAAGAGGAAAACCAAGUUGUUCAAAAAAAAUUAACCAAUAUUUCACCAGAGACGCAAAAUAUGAUAACAAUUCUGAACAUAAGAAAAAUAUUGAUGACGCUUUGAUAUGGAUGAUUGCUGCGGACAUUCAACCUUUCCGCAUUGUAGAAGAUUCCGGAUUUCGUAAGUUUGUCGAGUGCCUAGAUCCUCGUUACGUUUUACCAAGCAGAACCUCUUUGCAAAACUUACUAUUGAAAAAUACAUACAACGACGUUAAAAAAAAGUUGCAAGUUAUUUUAAAUGGCACGCAAUAUUGUGCAAUCACAACGGAUUGUUGGACGUCGAGGGCCAACGAAAACUAUUUGACGGUCACUUGCCACUUUAUAACAGACAAUUGUAAGUUGCAAGUAGCAGUGCUGUCUACAAACAAGUUAUUGUCAGGAACAAAUCAUUCUGCAGAAAAUAUUUCGGAGACGUUGCGCAAUGUUUUGUCGGAAUGGUCUAUUCUCCACAAAGUUACUUCAUUAGUGACCGAUAAUGCUGCAUCUAUGUUGAAAGCUUGCGAGAUAUUGCAGAAAAGAAACAUUACAUGCUUUGCCCAUACCAUUAAUUUAAUUGUACAAGACGCUUUGGGUAAGGCAUACAUAAAAGGCGUGUUGGUGAAGUGUAAGCAUAUUGUGUCGUACUUUAAAAGUAGUACAAUUGCAUACGAGAAAUUCAAAGCUGCGCAAUGCAUUCCAAAACCAUACAGUUGACAGUACA